UCGCUGAACCUCACCGCCAGAGACGGUGUCCAUCACUUUUAGUGCUUAUGGUGCUGCUCCUAGACACGUGCCCUGCCUCCUUGCUCCACUUUUAUCCUCAGCUCUCCCCUGGGUCCCAGACAGCAUCAGCCUCGCUCCCUCCCCUUGCCAUUUUCUUUGCGCCUCUUGACACGGCGGCUGCAGCUCGCCUUUUGGCUCUCCGUGCCAAAGCUUUCGCAUCCUCCCCUGCUCUCUCUGAGAGCAGCAGCGUCUGCGGCUCUCGCUCGUCUGGCAGGAAAGAUGCCUUCGCCUUGAGGCGCUGCGGCUCUCCCCCAUCCUGUUCCCUCUCCUUCGGCCUCAGCAACUCGCGGAAGAGGCAGGAAACACGGUUCCAACCCGCUGGUGGGGCAGGGGGGCGGUGAUGCUGGUCCCCAGCCCCCCGGAGGACGCCUGAGCGCCGCGUUGCCGUAGCGACGGCUCCCGCUGCUCCCUAGAUAAGGCGGGCAGGAGCAUCAGCUGCGGCCCCAGCCCAGAAGGGUCCCGCUCCAGCCAGCCCCACCGCCUCGCACCGCUUUUAGCUUCAAAGAGGGAGAAAAGCCCAUUUCAAUGAUGUCAACAGAAUGUGUUCAGCCACUUGAUAUCCCAGAAGACAGACUGGACAAGCGAGAUUCACACUGUAGCCAUUUAGAAGAUCUUUCAGACCAGCUGAUUAAGAGCUGUGACCUCAAAAAGAAACCAAGGAAAGGUAAAACCAUCCCGGCGUCCCAAAACACUGAACAGGAGCAAAAAAAGCCAAGGAGAAAAGAUACACCGGCUUUGCACACCCCACCACCUCUAACAGGCAUACUUUCAGACUUUUCUGAUAAUCUGCUGAAAAGGUAUGGUAUCACAGAGAAGCCACAGAGAGAGAGAGUGAGUCCAGGCUCUCAGGUCACUGAACUGGAGCAGAAAAAGCCCAGGAGAAAAGAUACGCCUGCAAUACACAUCCCACCCUUGAUAACAGGCACUAAGCUGCUUACAGAAGAAAAGCAAACAGUGAUUAUGGAAGAUGAAGAAAAGGAUGGAGACACAAUCCCCAGUUAAGAUUACAGUGAUAUUUCCAAUAAUGCAGUGUAAAUAAUUCUGGGUCAUUCAAAGUGGCAGCACAUAGAAAAAAAAGUCUUUUCAUUUUUAUAAACAAUAAUUUUCUCAAGCAUGCACUUGAAUUUAAAUUCUCUUCAAGUGCUUAUCUGCAUCUCACGAAAUCCCAGCAAGCAUCAUAGGAGCUGAUGAUAGAAAUUUCACUUGCACAUGGGGUUGGAAGGAUUCUCUUGGUUUACUAAAAGCAGCUUCCCAGGAUUUUUGUCAAUGAGGAAUCCACCUCAGAUCAGAGCUAGCUUUGCGCAGCGUGGUGAUAAGAGUUAACACCAAGGACACCACCAAUCCACUGUGCCUGGUACUAGAUACCAGAGCAGUUGGUAGCACAGGGCCGUAAAGCAUCAACUAAUGAUUCAAAUUGCAUUUUUCUCCUAACAAUUCACCUCAUUCGUCCAGCUUUCCUCUGCUGGAAUAUCACUGACCGCAGUGCAAAUUCCCACGUGCAGAGCUGAUAGGAUAGAUGGAGAGAGUGGGAAGGCAGGAAUCAACUGUAGAGUCCCUGAAAUGCAAAGCAAACAAUUCCUCUGCCUGUAUCUGCUCAUGACUUGUAUUUGUCAGGAGAAAAAGGUAGAUUUACUGUAGUACAAAAACUUACAGCAAAGGGCUGUCAACAUUGACACAUCAAACAGGACAGAGGGCAGCGCUCUCAAAAGAGAAACAUACAGGAAGUGCAGCGCCUGCCUAUUACACCAGGGUAGCCUAUGGAUUUUUUUUUUCUUUCAAAGGUUUUAUUCCUGGCUUGGUAAAAGAUAAACUAGUUGGGUAGUUGAUCCUUUUACUCCAUAUUUUUUCCUUUGAUAUCUGCUUUUUAAACUGAGUCCUACGUUGACAGUUAGGAAGGGCUGUAAAGAUUAAAAAUCACAGCGGGAGAGUAAAAACUGAGUAAAAGGAAUAGUGUUACUUGAUGGCAUACACAUACUGCAAGGUGGAACAACACCACGCUUUUUCUUUUAAUAGUUUACCUCAUUGAUUCAAUCAAAAAUUGUUUUCACAGCCAGCUACAGCCUUCAGCAUUUAUACAAACAGAGAUGUGUACUUGUAGAAUAUUAUACAAAAUAGGUAGAACUGGGUAGUUUUGUGCUUACCUUAAUAGCUCUGUGCGCUAGACAGAGCAGCACUGCCGGCUGGACCCUUAGGGACCUCAGCAGGGAGGCUAAAGAUUAUCUAGCCUGGCAGACUGAAUUUAGUUAUCUUUUUAACACCCUUAGGCAGACAGCUGAGGAGCACACUAGUUUGGACUUCAUUUGCCACAGUGACUGACCCAGCAUCUUUCAUGAGAACGCAGUCCAUUCGCAGAUAUUCAGCUUCAAGAUGUAAUCAGCAAGCUUAUAAUAAAUAAUCAUGUAUUAAAGUGUA